GGUGGCUGCGCUGCACCCGUCUGGUGCGCACAGGACCUGGGUCUGCACCGGAGCCUGUCAUUCCGGAGGGGUCUGUGGGGGUGCGAGCGGGCAUGCACCCGGGUCCCCAGCGCACUGGCGGCGCAGGGCUCGCGAUUCCCGCCCCACGGCCCCGCCCCUUGCCCCACCCCAGCCGGGCGGCUUAGCCGGGGCCGCAGCGCGGCGGCAACAUCACUCUCGCUGCCGCUGCUCCGCCCCAUCGCCUUCUGUUUUUCUCUCUCAUUCUCCGGUGGCGACGGCGGGGAAGGAGGAGGCAGAGGCAGCAGCAGCCGCGCUGGCUGCAAUGAAUGAUCCCCCAGCUGGGGGAGAGGACUCCAGGUGAGCCUCUGCCCUCGGGAGGGCCGGGACCCCCGGUCGCCCAGGACCUGCAGCCCCCCGCCAUGGAUCCCUAGAGGAGGAGGAGGACAAGGAGAAGACAGCUCUGCCGCCCACCCCCAUCCCAUUUUCCUCUUCCUUUAUCUCAUUGUUGCCGUAGCUGUUUACGGCAGCGCUCCCGCUGCCCCAGCAUGGGGCGGGCUUCGGGUACUGCCAUUCGGUGGGCGCUGCUCCCGCGGCUGCCCGGCGAUUCUGCCUAAUUCUCCCUCCGCAGCCGGUGCAGCGAGGACCGGAGAGCGGUGGAGGCCCGGACUGCAGCAGCGACGGGGCCACCUCCCAGCAUCCCCACCCUAGGAGGCUACAGGCGGAUUGAAGAACGGCGCCUGGGGGCUGGGCCGGCCCCGCCGAUCUGGACCUAGGGAGGACAGCGGGACCGCCUAGGCUGCGGAGAGGGGUGCGGGGGUCAGGAAGGACAGAGCAGCAAGAUGGCCAGUAAAACCAAGGCCAGUGAGGCCCUGAAGGUGGUGGCCCGGUGCCGCCCCCUCAGCCGGAAGGAGGAGGCUUCUGGUCACGAGCAGAUCCUGACCAUGGACGUGAAACUGGGCCAGGUGACACUGCGGAACCCCCGCGCUGCCCUAGGGGAGCUGCCCAAGACCUUCACCUUUGAUGCCGUGUAUGAUGCCAGCUCCAAGCAGGCAGACUUGUAUGAUGAAACCGUGAGGCCCCUGGUAGACUCGGUGCUUCAAGGUUUCAAUGGCACCGUGUUUGCCUAUGGACAGACCGGCACGGGCAAGACCUACACCAUGCAGGGGACCUGGGUGGAGCCCGAGCAGCGCGGGGUCAUCCCCAAUGCCUUUGAGCAUAUCUUCACCCACAUCUCGCGCUCCCAGAACCAGCAGUACUUGAUCCGGGCCUCCUACCUGGAGAUCUACCAGGAGGAGAUUCGGGACCUGCUCUCCAAGGAGCCUGGCAAGAGGCUGGAGCUGAAGGAGAACCCUGAGACAGGCGUCUACAUCAAGGACCUGUCCUCCUUCGUCACCAAGAAUGUCAAGGAGAUCGAGCACGUGAUGAACCUGGGGAACCAGACCCGGGCGGUGGGUAGUACACACAUGAAUGAGGUCAGCUCCCGCUCCCAUGCCAUCUUUGUCAUCACCGUGGAGUGCAGUGAGCGUGGCUUGGAUGGCCAGGACCACAUCCGUGUGGGCAAGCUCAACCUCGUGGACCUGGCUGGAAGUGAGAGGCAGAACAAGGCAGGCCCCAACGCGGCUGGAGGGACGGCCACGCAGCCCAUGGGUGGUGGCGGUGGUGGAGGUGGUGGUGGUAGUGGAGAGAGGCCUAAGGAAGCCUCCAAAAUCAACCUCUCGCUGUCAGCCCUGGGCAACGUGAUUGCUGCUCUGGCGGGCAACAGGAGCACCCAUAUCCCCUACCGGGACUCCAAGCUGACCCGGCUGCUCCAGGACUCUCUGGGGGGGAAUGCCAAGACCAUCAUGGUGGCCACCCUGGGGCCAGCCUCUCACAGCUACGAUGAGAGCCUCUCCACCCUGCGCUUUGCCAACCGGGCCAAGAACAUCAAGAACAAGCCCCGGGUGAAUGAGGACCCCAAGGACACGCUGCUGCGGGAAUUCCAGGAGGAGAUCGCCCGCCUGAAGGCCCAGCUGGAGAAGAAGGGGAUGCUGGGAAAGCGGCUCCGGAGGAAGAGCAGCCGCAGGAAGAAGGCCGUGUCAGCCCCGGCUGGGUACCCUGAGGGGCCCGUGAUGGAGGCCUGGGUGGCCGAAGAGGAAGAUGACAACAACAACUACCGCCUGCCCCAGGCCACCCUGGAGUCAGCCUUGGACAAGAACAUGGAGAAUUACCUGCAGCAGCAGAAGGAGCAGCUGGAGGAGGAGAAGGCGGCCAUCCAGGAUGACCGCAGCCUGGUGAGCGAGGAGAAGCAGAAGCUGCUGGAGGAGAAGGAGAAGAUGCUGGAAGACCUGCGGCGGGAGCAGCAGGCCACAGAGCUGCUCGCAGUCAAGUACAAGGCCAUGGAGAGCAAGCUGCUCAUCGGGGGCAGGAACAUCAUGGAUCACACCAAUGAACAGCAGAAGAUGCUGGAACUGAAGAGGCAGGAGAUUGCCGAGCAGAAACGCCGCGAACGGGAAAUGCAGCAGGAGAUGAUGCUCCGAGACGAGGAGACCAUGGAGCUCCGGGGCACCUACACGUCCCUGCAGCAGGAGGUGGAGGUCAAAACCAAGAAACUCAAGAAGCUCUACGCCAAGCUGCAGGCGGUGAAGGCGGAGAUCCAGGACCAGCACGAUGAGUACAUCCGCGUGCGGCAGGACCUGGAAGAGGCACAGAAUGAGCAGACCCGGGAGCUCAAGCUCAAGUACCUAAUCAUCGAGAACUUCAUCCCCCCUGAGGAGAAGAACAAGAUCAUGAACCGGCUUUUCCUAGACUGUGAGGAGGAGCAGUGGAAGUUCCAGCCCCUCAUGCCCGGUGGAGCCAGUAGCAGCCAAAUGAAGAAGCGGCCAACAUCUGCAGUGGGCUACAAGAGGCCUAUCAGCCAGUAUGCUCGGGUUGCCAUGGCAAUGGGGUCACACCCCAGGUAUAGGGCUGAGAACAUCAUGUUUCUGGAGUUGGAUGUGUCCCCUCCAGCGGUCUUUGAGAUGGAAUUCUCUCAUGAUCAAGAACAAGACCCCCGUGCAUUACACAUGGAGAGGCUCAUGCGGUUGGACAGCUUUCUGGAAAGACCUUCCACAUCUAAAGUCCGAAAGUCCAGAUCCUGGUGCCAGAGUCCUCAGCGGCCUCCACCUCCCACCGCACACGGCUCGCUGGCCGCCGCUGCUCUGCUCCCCUCGACAGCGCUAGACCACGAGUGACAACCUUCAGUCGGGCUGCCCAUCCCCCAGACCCCCGGACGGGGCAGCCAACCCUGGAUCAUCUCGCCUGCCGCUCGGUGUGCGUGCGUGUGUGCGUGCGUGUGUGUGUGCGCAUGUGCAUAUGUGUGCGGGGUGAGGAUCUGGCAGACCGUGCCUCUGCUGGCUCUUAGCCUCCUUUAUUUAAUUAAUGUUAUUUAUUCGUGGAGCUCAGUUCUUGCGGGAGAGGUGCCCUCGCCUGAGCUUGCCAUGGUCGCCGCACAGCCUCCUUUCUUCUGACUUUAGACCCGCCGCCCCGCCCCAAUCAGACCUCAUGCUCCUCCCUGUCAGUUGCCCCCAGAAGGGAGGGCGGCGGUGCCUGAGAAGAGAGUGCUUUUUCUACCCAGCGCGCUCUGUAAUCUCCCUUCUCCUCCUGCACUGCCGGUGAGCAGCUCCUGAGCACUUUCCGGGACUAGAAAAACGCUAGGUGUCCACCGAGGACAAGAGACGCCCAUCCUGAUGGUGUUGAGCCUGUGCUUCCGGCGGAGAGAGCCCGCUCUCCACGUUCUGGGUCGCAAACAACCUCUUUCGGUUUCUUGGGCUCCUUUUCAAGGACUCCAGUGACCUCAGCGACACAGCCCAUGCUCUUCAGCUUUGGCAAGAAGUCGUGGCUUCCCAAACUCUGCUUCUGGCCCGCCUUCCCAACCCGUGGACGCGAAUUGUGAACCCACCAGUUGCUGCCUCCUUGGGACCUUCAGGAAAUGGAACAGUAAUAGAGACAAUGUGGACAGUCAUCGAGGGACGGCCCUUUGUUUCUGUCCCCUCGGAGAACUAACCUUGGCCGACAAGCCAUCAGGCCAACUCCCCAUCUUUGAGAGGCUGCUCCUUCCUGCUUUCAUCGUUUUCCUUGCAGCUGCCUGGAUCCCCGUUCACAGUGGAAGGGGUCAGUAUCCUUCUCCCUCUGGCUAAACAAAGGUAUCACAGAAUCUGUUGCUUUUCCCCCUCACUGAGCACAGGAGAUGGAGGCCCAGGCGCAACCUGCCAACUCUGCCCGUUACCCCUGUUUCUGAAUCACGUUUGUUGGGCACUGUUUUGUUGACAAGACUGACCCUUUCUUCAGCAUUGUGCAAAUUGGUCCCUAGGGAAGUACUCCUCACUUUCCUUUGUGACAACCCAGUAUGUCUCCAGGUAUCUCGAGUAAAUUUCUACCAAAAAAAGAGAGAUUAAUUUUCAUUGACUUACCUUUUAAUUGUAUAUUUUAGUGGAAGGGUGAAGAGGUAAUCAUGAAUGAAAACACGUGGUUUGGGAUUUCAAAACGGCCUAAUAAUGGAGUCUCCAGUUCCUAGAACAUGAGGAGUUUUGUCACUGGGGGAAAGGCACGAAACUGACAGGUCUGCCUGAAAUUGGGGGUGUGGGAGGUGGCGGUAGGGGCCGACUAGCUGGUUUUUCUCUUUCCGUCAGGAAAUGAACGCUUCUUGCACAGUUCAAGUUUGCUCUAAGGACCGAGCUAUGGUUUGGUUUAAUUCAAUGAUGCUGUCAUCGCUGCUGUAACUACGGGACCAGGUGGUUGGGCCACUCAGUUGCCACUUGCUUCUGUCCUUCAAGGAAAUAACAUUUUUCAUCAGAGCCCAGGAGAUUAUUUGAGACUCAGGAUUCAGAUCAGAGCUUCAGCUGUGGCUGGGACAGGACCAGUGUGUAGAAAUUUCCCAGGUGGCCUGGGCACAGAGGGACCUCCAGUCCCGCGCUGAGCAGCCUCUCCCACUGACCUCUUUCUCAUUUGUGGAUGAAGCCGCACGUGUUACCCCCGUUCAUCACCUGGACACAUCGACUCUGCAUUGUCUGGUCACUUGACCCUCACAGUCUUAUAGCACAAUAUACCCAACUUCUUCACCCCCAGUCUGAGGGCUGGGCCCAAGGUGUGGUCAGAGGAGGAGCUCCUGCCUGCAGUUUUGUGUACGUGUGUAUGUGUGCGCGUGUUUGUGUGUGUGUUUACCUCCACAGGGGACACUCUACACUCAGUGUAAGAUAUGCUGGGAACAGGGCCACCACGGUGGCUGGAUCUCAGUCUCGCUGUCUCUCUCUCUUUCUCUUCUUUUCCUUUUGAUGUAUCAAACACUUGGUUGACAAAGUAAGGGCCUUGAUUAGGACCAAAUUUCCAUGUCUGUUGCUAUGGUCUUUAUUUAGGACAACAGUUAACAAUGCUGUGGCCCAUUCUUGUCACUCUAUACAUAUGACGAUACAGGACAUAUGUAAUAUAUAAAUAUAUAUAUAAAACAUUACCCUCUGUCUCCUUGGCUUAGGAUGAGAUCUCUCUGUUGAGCUGAAAUGCACCUGCAGCUCAGUGCUGCCAGCAACCUGCAGGCCCCAGCCCUGUUCAAAUUAACGCAGUCGAUAAUAAAGGAAUGAGUAUCGUUACA